AUGGCAGUCUCUCGUCAUAAGUGCGUGUAUCACUAUUGUUCAUUGAAUGCUUUCUGUUUUUCCUCAGUGUUUUUCUUUCUUUCUUUCUUUCUUUCUUUCUUUCUUUCUUUCUUUCUUUCUUUCUUUCUUUCUUUCUUUCUAAAUCAAUUCUCUACUUUCUUUCUUUUUGACUUUUUUCUGUUUCUUUUUCAUGUUUUUAACUUUCUUGUUUUUUUUUUUUUACUUUCUCUCUUCUUUUCUUACUCACUUUUUUUUUUUUUUUUGCUACUUUUUCUGUGUCAGUGUCUCUCGAGGAUCUGGCCUAGAACUUACCAUCUCCCGCCCGUAACAUAUACACAUAUCUAUCUAUCUAUCUAUCUAUCUAUCUAUCUAUCUAUCUAUCUAUCUAUCUAUCUAUCUAUCCAUGUUAAUAUCUAUGUUAAUAUCUAUCGAUCCAUAUUAAUAUCUAUCUAUCUUAAUAUCUAUACAUAUGUAAACAAGACUAUCUAUCUAUCUAUCUCAUUCAAGUCAGAACGUAGUAGCUUCAUAACUGCUUUUGAUUUCUUAACACAUACGCGUUUAUCUAUCUAUCUAUCUCAGUCUGUUCAUAUCUAUCUAUCUAUCUAUCUAUCAAUCAAAUUAAUUGCCUUCUUGACGGAUAAUUUGUUUCCAGCCAGAACUUCAUUGCGCACAGAACUGCACGCGUUCAGAUUUGUGAAUCUAUCUAUCUAUCUAAAUCUACUCAUUAUCUAUCUAUCUAUCUAUCUAAAUCUACUCAUUAUCUAUCUAUCUAAACCUACUCAUUAUCUAGCUAUCUAUCUAUCUAAAUCUACUCAUUAUCUAUCUAUCUAA